CAAAUUUCAAGAAAGGCCCAAAAUCAAACCAAACAGCCCUUAAACCAACGCAAAUUGAGACAGAGAGAGAGAGAGAGAGAGAGAGAGAGAGAGAGAGAGAUGGCAGGGUAUAGAGCUGAAGAUGAAUAUGAUUACUUGUUCAAGUUGGUUUUGAUUGGUGAUUCAGGUGUGGGUAAAUCGAACCUUCUCUCGAGGUUUACGAGGAACGAAUUUAAUCUGGAAUCCAAGUCCACUAUUGGGGUUGAGUUCGCUACCAAAAGCCUCAACAUUGAUGGCAAGGUCAUCAAAGCUCAAAUUUGGGACACUGCUGGUCAAGAAAGGUAUCGUGCCAUCACUAGUGCUUACUAUAGAGGAGCUGUUGGUGCUCUGCUUGUUUAUGAUGUCACUCGACAUGCUACAUUCGCAAAUGUUGAGAGGUGGUUGAGGGAAUUGAGGGAUCACACAGACCCCAACAUCGUGGUAAUGCUCAUCGGCAACAAAUCAGAUCUCCGACACCUUGUGGCUGUCUCGACUGAUGAUGGUAAAGCAUUUGCUGAGAGGGAGUCCCUAUAUUUCAUGGAGACUUCCGCACUGGAAGCAACCAAUGUGGAAAAUGCAUUUACAGAAGCGCUUAGUCAGAUAUACCGCAUUGUGAGUAAGAGAGCAGUUGAAGCCGGUGAUGGUGGUGAGGCUUCGUCUGUUCCGGCUAAAGGACAGACACUUAAUGUCAAAGAUGACGUGCCUGCUUGGAAGAGAAUUGGAUGCUGUUCGAGCUAGGGUUUGCUAACCACAAGAAUACAAGGUGUAUUUUCGCUAAAUUUGUACUUAGAUAAGAGCAUGCAUUAAACAUCAUGUAGAAUAUGAAAACAAAGUGCUUGGAUAUGUGACAAAUAUUGUCAAAAAGGAUUGAUGUUAUUCUCAUUUUUGUUUUUUGGGUUUUUAUUAUUUACUUGUAUAUUUACAUUUGCAUUGAUUUUCCCAAAACUUCACGCUUGCUCUCACAUUAUUUAUUUAA